UUGGCAACUAUUGAAAAGCUCUUCCUUGAUUACUGGAGCUCUUGGGUUAAAAAUGUAAAUACUUUAUUAUUGGAAUCAUUUUGAUGUAGAUAUUAUUUACAAUUUGGAGGAUUACUAAAUUUGGAACUUCCAAAAAUCAUUCACAGAGAUUAGCAAGCGACCAUAAUGUGGAAGAAGUUGGGAACAAUGUCAAGCAUGAUUUUAAUUCAGCUCUAAAUACAGGAAAAUAGAAGUAAGCUUUGUAUGAGGACUAGAAGAUAUUGAUACAGAUUGUGUUAGGAAUUAGGAUUCUAAUGCUCUUGGAAAGCUCAUUUAUGAUAAAACUUUUAACCUUGCCCUUGUUGCGAACCAGCAAAGAGUUCUUGACAUUUGUUCAAACUUAAGAUACCAUAAAUUUGUAGAAAAUAAGGUCGUGACUUGAUGGUUAGAAGAUUUUUUGCCAGCCAAGGUGGAGGCUCUCCAGUUUCUGAAGCUAACUUCGAUACUCUUCUUUAAUACUUAUCUAACGGCUAUCCAAGGAGAACAAUAUUAUAACCAAAACUUGAUUGAAUAUUUCGAAGGAAAGCUUCACUUUAUCCAAGUUGCGACUCUAACUCCUGAAGCUCCUCUUGAAGUAAGAAACAUUGUAUCUUAUACUUAAAAAUGGGAGGCUUUACAAGAUUCUUAUAACAAUGUUUUCUCAGAAGGAAUCAACAAGGCCUUCCAAACUAGUGGGUGUCAUUGGGUAUGUCUAGAGACAGAGUCUGAGAUAAUUAGAGGUAUCUAUGCAGGAUAUUUGAUUUCUAUAUGCUUCGUAUUUUAUGCCAUGCUUCUGUAAACUCUAAGCAUAAUGAUUGCCAUCUAUGUUGUCAUAUGCAUUUCAAUUAUCGUCACAUCUUUGAUAGUAAUUAUGGAGCUAAAUUCUUGGGGAUUCGGUGUUAUCGAAGCAAUAGUUAUAAUAGUUGGAUUCUCAAUAGAUUAUGUUGUGCAUUUUGAAAACCAUUAUGCCGAAUGCCCCUUCGAAAUAGACACAAAAGAAUCAGUGCAGUUUUAG